UAUCUAAUUAGAAUAGAAUGGGCCAUGUUUUGGGUUUUAGGUUUAUUUCGGUUAGGGCGGGAAACUGCUGUAUUUAUUUAGGUUCUCCGCCGCGGCAUUCUACACACUUCACUGGAAAUAGAAAAGCUGAAAUGCUCCGUACGAAACCAGUCCUCCGCAAGCCGCCGCCUCCGUUGGUGCGCCGCUGCUGCACCGACGGCAGCGUUUCGGAUCCCCAUUCCGACAUUCUUAGUAGACAAUCGGAGAGGCCAACAAACAUAGAGUCCCUCCCCACAGACCUACUGUUCGAAAUUCUCCUCCUAUUGCCGGCCGAUCAUCUCUACAUGAGAGCGAGGCUCGUCUGCCGGCGUUGGUGCCACAUUAUCCGUUCUCAUGCCUUCAUCAACGCGCACAUGCACAGUGCUACCUAUGGACUCCUUUUAUGGCCCCUAACUGAUAAUACUCUGCCACUUUAUGUAACAGCCGACGCAGACGGUGGAAUCCACACAUCUGAGCUAAAUCACAUCUCCGAAUUGGGAGUUCUUUUUAACUGCGACGGUUUUGCUCUGGAGAUGGCUCUGGGAGAUUACUACCGCCUUCAACUUGCGAAUCCUGCAACGAAGCAGUUAUUCCGACAACCACGACCCCGUGAAGGCCUAAGGUAUAUCAUGGCCCUCUGUGGUUUAGCAUACUCUGCAGCUUCAUUGGCGCAUAAAGUGAUUGUACCGUACACUGUUCGCCACUCGCCACCACGCCUACAAACUGACUACGGUCUUGACGUGUUCACUGUUGGAGUCGAUGAAUCCUGGAGGCACGUCGAGAUUCACCACUUACCCGACCAUGUCAGGCGAUGUCUCCUCCGGAAGGCUCCCUUGACUAGUGAAGGUUUCCUGCACUGGGGAUGGGGGAAGUACUGCGCAACGCUGGAUGCGGAGACGGAGAUCAUUUCAGUGAGUGAAGCCCCUUAUGAGUACCACGAAUGCAACUAUAAAUAUCUGUCAGCUGGGAGGUGUCUGUCGCUCCUGGUUGCGUGUGGGGAUCUCUCGUGGGAGGAUCUCUCGUGGGAGGUUUGGGUGAUGAAGGCAGAGACGGGCGAGUGGAGGAAGGCUCUGCCCAACGUCGACUUGAGAGCUCAGAAAUGCAGGAUUCAACAGUUUGCUCCUGAAGAUGGUCGAGUUCUUAUGCCACUUGGUUGGGUUAAAUAUCCACAUGUUUUGGCCUUUCGUUUUAGUGCCCAUUUUUUUGGGGAGGAAUGGCGGCAUUGCAUUUUGUACAAUCUUGAUACGCAUCAACUCCACUCCAUAGAGCUACCGCAAAACUAUACUAAACCUUAUGUGGCUUUUCCGCAUAAGUAUAAUCUGAUGUGGUUAAGUUAAAAGAGUAUUAGAAUCGUUAUUUUUUAUGAUCGCUUUGUAUAGACAGAUUAUGACCUCACAAUUGCUAUUAUGCUUGAGAAUAGUUUGAAUGGAAUUAUAUAUGUAAUACAAGCUUGAAAAGUAAGGCAAAAUCAAUUUGAGUUGAGCUAUGCACACAUAUAUAACUCAAUCAUGCAGUAAUAUACAAAGAAGAUUGUUUGAGGUCUCCAACAAUGGUAGUCGUCAUCUCGGGCAGACAUAUGACAUACGGAUGUAUAUGACAUUUCGUGGAAGAAUGUGAUAAAAUAUGAGAUAAUAGCAAUGGCAAUCAUGAAGUCACCUACUAUAAUAAAUCAAAGAAGACUGUUUGGGGUUUGCAGCAAUUGGUCACUAAAGUGAUGAAAGCACUUCUAGCAUAUCAAUUCCUCCGUCCCGCAAAAUAUGAGUCGUUUUCAAUGCCAACUGGUUUGGGAUGAUGUGAAGUGGAACGACCUUCAUUUGACGGGAAGGAUGCAGGGGUUUGUACCGUGCAUUGUUUGCCAAUUGCCACCACGCCUAGAAACUGACGUGCUCACUGUUGGAAUCGAUGAGUCCUGGAGGCACGUCGAGGUUCACCACCUCCCCGACCAUGUCAGGCGAUGUCUCCUCGACAAGACUCCGUUGGCUAGUGAAGGUUUCGACAGGAUUCAACAGUUUGCUCCUGAAGGUGGUGGAGUUCGUGAGCCACUUGGUUGGGUUAAAUAUCCACAGGUUUCCAAUAACUCAUGUACACCACAACAUAUC